AUGAAAUCCACCCGCAUGCAAUUGCUUCUUCUCCAGAAUGUCCCUCUCAUCUGCGUCUAUGUUGCUAUUGCUUUUCCUUCGUGUCCCAUGCUAAAGCCUACAUUUUCGUUCCUCCUUCGCAGAUCUGACGAUGGCGCGCUGGGCGCAUCCGUCGCGAUCGGUUGGAUUGCCCUGAUAUGGUAUACAUUCAUACUCGCAGUUUGCGGUCUAGGAUAUUUUCAGAUAUGGAAAUAUUUCCUCAGCCAGCCGCAUCGGUCACGGCUAACGAACACCUCCGACGUACCGCACAUCACCGCCAUCCGACCGGUCAAGGGCCUCGAGCCGCACCUGUAUGACUGCCUCGCUGCCACCUUUCGACAGGACUACCCGAGCGACAAGCUCAGCAUUCGUCUCUGUGUAUCGACACGCGACGACCCGGCCUAUCCUACCCUCCGCAAACUAAUCACCGACUUCCCGCAUGUUGACGCACGGAUUUUUGUCGAAGAUGAAGAUCCCCUCUUGCAGCAGGAUGGCAUCAAUACGUACACGCUCGGGCCGAAUCCCAAGAUCCGGAAUAUGAGCCGCGCAUAUCGAGAAGCGAAAGGAGAUAUUGUCUGGAUCAUUGACUGCAAUGUCUGGGUCGGGAAGGGAGUCUGUGCCCGGAUGGUGGACAGGCUGUGCGGAACGGGGCCCUCCUCAAACAAGAAAUACAAGUUCGUGCACCAUCUACCCGUGGCCGUGGAUGUGACCGGAGAGAGCAACCUGCGUGAAGAGCGACAGGCGCUCGUGGACGCCAACCCACAGUCCACGGAUGCCGAUGCAGCGGCCGCAGCGAUGCCUUCCGUCCGUCCAGAGGAUGGCCCUGCAGCCAUGAUAGCCACUGGAGGCGGUCGCUUGGAAGAACUGUUCCUGUCCUCCGCGCACGCGAAAAUGUAUACUGCGAUCAACACGGUUCUUGUUGCGCCAUGCAUCGUGGGAAAAUCCAACAUGUUCCGCCGCUCCCAUCUCGACUAUCUUACCAGUCCAUCGGUUUUGGGUCCCGAGGCUCGUCAUCCCGGCAUCGAUUUCUUCUCCGACAACAUCUGCGAGGACCAUCUUAUUGGCGAUCUGCUGUGGAAGAAGCAGGUGCGGGAAGAGAAAGAGCUCCGCGAGCGUUGGGGCAAGCAUGCCAUGGUCUUUGGUGACAUGGCUAUUCAACCUGUCGCCAACAUGAGUGUGCCGGCAUACAUCGCCCGUCGUAUCCGGUGGCUGCGAGUCCGUAAAUUUACUGUUUUACUCGCUACGCUUGUCGAACCAGGCACCGAGUCCUUCUUAUGCACAACAUAUGGCGCCUGGGGCGUCACUACUGCCUUGGCGCCGUAUCUUGAGCGGAAGGGUGUGCAAUUUGCUGCCCAUCUCGGGACGUGGUGUGCGUUUUUUGUCGUGUUCGUAUUUGGCAUGGUCUCCUGGAUCCUAGUCGAUUGGACACUGUAUAUCAAGCUGCAUUCGGCAAGAUGCAUCGAGUUGGACGAGGAUACCCCAGCUUUUGCUCGGCCUCAACGCUACCGGUCAUCCCAAACUACUCGUCGCCCGUUCAUGCAAUGGUUUGGCGCCUGGCUCGGCCGUGAACUGCUGGCCUUGCCUAUCUGGAUCAUGGCAGUGUACGGCGGUGUGACGGUCGUGUGGCGAGACCGGCGCUUUAAGGUCGGCUUCGAUGCGAAAGUUCGGGAGAUCGAUCCCUCUACUCCACUACCUGUGGAGGUGUCGCCUUCUCCCGGGGCAGUAGCGGGCAAGGUCCGCAGUGAUUGA